GGAUUUACGUUUUAGUCAGACUCAUAGAUAUGGAUACAUUGUCGUUUGGCAUUGAAGUGAAACACGUUUUGAAAAACCAUUGAUGGAGCUGGAGCCAUCUCGUUCUCUCAUCCUUUCCUUUCCUACUACUUUUUCUUAUUCCUAUUAUCUCCACACGCUCUUCUCCAGAGCUUUCUUCUGAGAACCAACCAUCACCAACAGCAACAGCAUGGCCGCCACGCUCACCCUUCUCAACCUCCCUGUUCUUCCUCAAAAACCAAACCCAUCUCUUUCUAACUCUAAUAAUCCCACCAAACUUCUAAUCCCCCACUCCCACACCAAACCACUUCUCCCCAAACUCUCCUCUACUAACUCACAAAAACUCAUCACUGAAACUUUUCACCACCUACAGUCUGCUUCUCUCCCCCUUACGGCCCUCACAUUACCCUUCUUCUUUGACCCUCAGAAUGCAGCCGCUGCAGGUGGGGAAUUUGGAAUAUUGGAGGGAAGGUCAUUUGCUCUGGUUCACCCCAUUGUGAUGGGUGGUUUGUUCGUGUACACGCUAUGGGCAGGCUACUUGGGUUGGCAAUGGAGGCGAGUCAGGACCAUUCAGAAUGAAAUUACUGAGCUCAAGAAGCAAGUUAAGCCUGUCCCAGUUACCCCAGAAGGGAAACCUGUGGAAGCACCACCAUCUCCUGUUGACCUUAAAAUUCAGCAACUUACAGAAGAGAGGAAGGAGUUGUUGAAAGGGUCUUACAGGGAUAGACACUUCAAUGCAGGCUCAAUACUUUUAGGAUUCGGAGUCCUUGAGGCUGUAGGUGGAUGUGUUAACACAUGGUUUAGAACAGGAAAGCUAUUCCCCGGGCCUCAUUUGUUUGCAGGAGCAGGCAUCACAGUUUUGUGGGCAGCCGCAGCCGCCCUUGUACCUGCAAUGCAAAAGGGAAAUGAGACAGCAAGAAAUCUUCACAUUGCUUUAAACACAGCAAAUGUUCUGCUUUUUAUAUGGCAAAUACCUACUGGAAUUGAUAUUGUCUUUAAAGUGUUUGAAUUCACUACUUGGCCUUAAGCUGCACAUAGUUCAAAGAGUGUUAUAUACAUCAUGCGCUUACACUAUUGCUGCAACUGCGCCAUCUUCAGUUUCUAAUGUUUAUUGUUUUUUUUUAUGUAACAUCUUCAGUUUCAAGCUGGUAUAAGUUGACUGCAUAUGUUCGUAACAUGUUAUCUGAUGUUGUAAAACGAUAAAAUUCCACUCGAAAUUCAUUUUGCUUAAUGGCAGUA